AUGGCGAUGCGAUUGGGUACGUCCAAGCGACUACUAACGCGCUACACAAAGAAGUUAGAAGCCAUUAUCAAGCAUCUCAAAGACGAGGAGUUGGAAACGCUUACCGCUACUCCACAAGAAGGCGAAGUACUCAGGAAUAACUUGCGCCAACUCAACGAAGGGAUAGGAGCAAUAAACGCAUCAACGGCCAAGAUAGAGCAGCUUCUGCGAGAAUACGCCACGGAUAUUUCAAGCCUGGAAGACGUGAGCCCAGAAGAAAAAAGUAGCUUCGAGGAAUACUCCGCAAAAGCGGAGGAGGUCCUUGCAACAGCAUUCGACUAUGGGGUGCUGCUGCAAUCUCGAAGGCAAGCAUACAGCUCCUGCGCAACACAUCCAGCAAGCAGCGUGGCGUAUCCUCCUGCAGAAGAAACGACGGCUCAAGCACAAGGGAUUUGUACCAUGGAAGAAAAGGAUUCUACUAACGACAUGGCAAAAUAA